AUGGCGAUAAGCUCGAAGCUUUUUCCCCUUCUUCUCUUGCUUUCGUUAGGCUCCAUAGCUUCAGCAGCCGUGUUUACCAUUAACAAUCAAUGCAUCUAUACUGUUUGGCCUGGUAUUUUCUCUCAAAAUGGGCUGAACCUUGGGGGCGGCGGGUUCUCCUUGGCAUCGGGGCAGUCGGUCCAGCUCACAGUUCAACCCGGAUGGUCAGGGCGGUUAUGGGCAAGAACUAGGUGCAACUUCAGCUCCUCAGGCAAUGGCAGGUGCAUCACUGGUGACUGUAGGGGCUCGCUCAGGUGUGCCCUUAGCGGUGAGCCACCAGCCACGCUAGCCGAGUUUACACUUUCCACCGACCCCAGGGACGGCAUAGACUUCUAUGAUGUGAGCCUGGUGGAUGGAUACAACGUUGGAAUGCUCAUAGUACCUAUUGGCGGAACCGGUGACUGCCAGUAUGCAGGCUGCACGGCAGACCUGAAUGGUGAUUGCCCAAAGGAGUUACAGGUCACAGACUCGAACUCGGGCUCGGUGGUCGCGUGUAAAAGUGCAUGCACGGCAUUCAACACACCUGAGUUUUGCUGCACUGGAAAUCAUUCGAUGCCGGAAACUUGCACCCCCACGCAUUACUCGAGGGUGUUCAAGAAUGCGUGUCCGAAUGCGUAUAGUUAUGCCUAUGAUGAUGCUUCGAGCAUACAUACUUGUUCCGGGUCCAAUUACGUGAUCACAUUUUGCCCAACGGGUAGCAAUCAUUAA